AGCUUUGCUUCGCUGGCUCCUCUCUGCAUCCUGCCACCCUCCCAACACUAUGCAUCUUGCCAGUUUGAUCAGCUCCUGCUCCCUCCUACUGUUAUUGGGGGCCCUGCCUGCAUGGGCGGCCAAUAAUGACCCCCUUGAGAAGGUCAUUGAAGGAAUCAACCGAGGGCUGAGCAACGCAGAGAGAGAGGUGGGCAAGGCCCUGGAAGGCAUCAAUAACGGAAUCACUCAAGCUGGAAGGGAAGUGGAGAAAGUUUUUAAUGGACUUAGCCACUUGGGGAGCCAGGCCGGCAAGGAGCUGGACAGGGGUGUCAACGACCUCAACCACGGCUUGGACAAGGUAGCCCAUGGAAUCAACAGUGGCGUCGGACAAGCAGGAAAAGAAGCCGAGAAGUUUGUCCAUGGGGUCAACAACGCUGCUGGACAGGUUGGGAAGGAGGCAGACAAAGUGAUUCAGGGGGCCCAUCAUGGGGCCAACCAGGCGGGAAGUGAGGCAGGGAGGUUCGGCCAGGGGAUCCACCAUGCCGCAGGGCAGGCUGGGAAGGAGAUAGACAAAUUUGGCCAAGGUGUUCACCAUGGAAUUAACGAGGCCUGGAAGGAGGCUGAGAAAUUUGGGCAGGGGGUCCACCAUGCCGCAGGGCAGGCUGGGAACGAGGCAGGGACGUUCGGCCAGGGGGUCCACCAUGCCGCAGGGCAGGCUGGGAACGAGGCAGGGAGGUUCGGCCAGGGGGUCCACCAUGCCGCAGGGCAGGCUGGGAACGAGGCAGGGAGGUUCGGCCAGGGGGUCCACCAUGCCGCAGGGCAGGCUGGGAAGGAGAUAGACAAAUUUGGCCAAGGUGUUCACCAUGGAAUUAACGAGGCCUGGAAGGAGGCUGAGAAAUUUGGGCAGGGGGUCCACCAUGCCGCAGGGCAGGCUGGGAACGAGGCAGGGAGGUUCGGCCAGGGGGUCCACCAUGCCGCAGGGCAGGCUGGGAACGAGGCAGGGAGGUUCGGCCAGGGGGUCCACCAUGCCGCAGGGCAGGCUGGGAAGGAGAUAGACAAAUUUGGCCAAGGUGUUCACCAUGGAAUUAACGAGGCCUGGAAGGAGGCUGAGAAAUUUGGGCAGGGGGUCCACCAUGCCGCAGGGCAGGCUGGGAACGAGGCAGGGAGGUUCGGCCAGGGGGUCCACCAUGCCGCAGGGCAGGCUGGGAACGAGGCAGGGAGGUUCGGCCAGGGGGUCCACCAUGCCGCAGGGCAGGCUGGGAAGGAGAUAGACAAAUUUGGCCAAGGUGUUCACCAUGGAAUUAACGAGGCCUGGAAGGAGGCUGAGAAAUUUGGGCAGGGGGUCCACCAUGCCGCAGGGCAGGCUGGGAACGAGGCAGGGACGUUCGGCCAGGGGGUCCACCAUGCCGCAGGGCAGGCUGGGAACGAGGCAGGGAGGUUCGGCCAGGGGGUCCACCAUGCCGCAGGGCAGGCUGGGAACGAGGCAGGGAGGUUCGGCCAGGGGGUCCACCAUGCCGCAGGGCAGGCUGGGAACGAGGCAGGGAGGUUCGGCCAGGGGGUCCACCAUGCCGCAGGGCAGGCUGGGAACGAGGCAGGGAGGUUCGGCCAGGGGGUCCACCAUGCCGCAGGGCAGGCUGGGAACGAGGCAGGGAGGUUCGGCCAGGGGGUCCACCAUGCUGCAGGGCAGGCUGGGAAGGAGAUAGACAAAUUUGGCCAAGGUGUUCACCAUGGAAUUAACGAGGCCUGGAAGGAGGCUGAGAAAUUUGGGCAGGGGGUCCACCAUGCCGCAGGGCAGGCUGGGAACGAGGCCGGGAGGUUCGGCCAGGGGGUCCACCAUGCCGCAGGGCAGGCUGGGAACGAAGCCGGGAGGUUCGGCCAGGGGGUCCACCAUGCCGCAGGGCAGGCUGGGACCGAGGCCGGGAGGUUCGGCCAGGGGGUCCACCAUGCCGCAGGGCAGGCUGGGAACGAGGCCGGGAGGUUCGGCCAGGGGGUCCACCAUGCUGCAGGGCAGGCUGGGAAGGAGAUAGACAAAUUUGGCCAAGGUGUUCACCAUGGAAUUAAUGAGGCUUGGAAGGAGGCUGAGAAGUUUGGCCAGGGGGUCCACCAUGCCGCAGGGCAGGCUGGAAAAGAGGGAGGAGACAAAAUAGUCCAAGGUUUCCAUCCUGGGGUCAGCCAGGCUGGGAAAGAGGUGGAGCGGUUUGGCCAGGAUGUUCAUUAUGCCGCAGGGCAGGCCGGGAAAGAGGGAGACAAAAUAGUCCAAGGUGUCCAUCCUGGGGUCAGCCAGGCUGGGAAGGAGGUGGAGCGUUUUGGCCAGGAUGUUCAUUAUGCCGCAGGGCAGGCUGGGAAAGAGGGAGACAAAAUAGUCCAAGGUGUCCAUCCUGGGGUCAGCCAGGCUGGGAAGGAGGUGGAGCGGUUCGGCCAGGGAGUUCACCAUGCCAUUGAACAGGCCGGAAAGGAGGCAGACAAAGUGGUCCAAGGGUUCACCGAUGGGGUCAACCAGGCCGGGAAGGAGGCAGAGAAGUUUGGCCAAGGGGUCAACCACGCUGCUGGCCAGGCUGGAAAGGAAGCGGAGAAACUUGGCCAAGGUAUCCACCAUGCUGCUGGCCAGGCCGGGAAGGAGGUGGACAGGUUGCAGCAGAAUGCUCAUAAUGGGGUCAACCAAGCCGGCAAGGAGGCCUCCCAGCUGCUGAAUGGCGCUCACCAAGACGGAUCCACCGGCCAUCACGGAGGGGGCGCAACCACAACAUUAACAUCUGGAGCUUCGGUCAACAAGCCCUUCAUCAACUUUCCAGCUCUGUGGAGGAGCGUCGCAAACAUCAUGCCCUAAACUAAUGCACUGGCCUUGCUGAGCAGACUGACAUUCCUGUUGUUCUAUCAGCUGAAAUGACCUGGAGGAGUGG